UGCACUCUGGAAAAAAUCAUUCGUGACGUAUCAUAUAACCGAACUCAUCCCAACGUCCUGUUACCACAUACUAAAUGUUUAUAAAUUAUGAAAGUCAACGCCACAUUCUCAAUUCAUUACUCGAGCUGGUUAAUCAUACGUCAGAACACUUUGGUAUCUCAUCGAAGUAACAUCGUGCUCUAAAGAAUGUAUUCCAGAGUCAUUAUUAACUAAAAAUCUAUUAGAAAUCACAAAAUUAUUGUUUUUUGAGUGUGUGCCUUGACAGUUUUUUAAUUUGUGAUACCAGCUUAUUGAUUGGUUUCUGAAUCCUAGAAGAAUAUUUUAUUAUUUUCGAAGAAUUUAUUUAGAAUUACGAUGUUUCGCUUGAUAUUUGCACUAUAGCUUUUCUAUUACAUAUACGUGGAGAUGAAAACUCACCCUAUGAAUUAAUACCUAUAGCGACACCAAUAUUACGAGAAGAGCUGUUUCAAGCCAAACUUUACCAUGAGAUUUGGACGACGAUCCAUUUUGUCGACAUACUUGAGUUUGAAAGCCAUGCAAAUGAGGUGAAUACAACAUUACAAGAUCUUCGAAAUCAAUGUUCUAAAUUUAAAUCGUGCGUUUACGGAAUAGAGUUAGAUAAUAUGUCUUUAUUCAAUUCAACAAAAAAUUGAUUCUUUAGUCUCCUUAAGCGGUAAGAAAAGAGAAAAAAGAGGGUUAUUUAAUAUAGUCGGAACAAUUUUAUUUGCUCAUGCGUUUGCUGGAUGUGAUUCAACAAGUGCUAUAUAUAAUAAAGGUAAAAAAAGUAUUAUAACAUUAUUACAAAAAAAUGAAGACUUGCAACAAUUGAUAUCCAUAUUUUAUAAGCCAUUCCAAAAUGUCGACGAUAUAUAUACAGUUGCUGAAAAACUUAUGAUAAGAAUGUAUGGUGCAGAUGACCAAAAACUGACUCUACAUGAAUUAAGAUAUAAAACAUUUUGCACAUCUACAGCAAUUGCAAAAAAAGAAUUAUCUUUAUCGUCUUUACCGCCUACCGAUUCGGUAUUAAGAGAGCAUGCUAAAAGAGUAUAUUACCAAAUGUAGAUUUGGCUUGGAUUCGAUUUAGAUCCAGUAUUAUGGGGAUGGAAGAGAACGAGUAAUAUGCUACUACCUAUUAUGAAUCCUAAACCAGUUGAACCAAUCGAAUUACUAGAGAUGAUAUUCUGUGGAUGUAAAACAAACUGUAACACAUCCCGAUGUUCGUGCAAAAAGACUGGAAUAAAAUGUAGUUACAGUUGUAAAAGUUGCAAUGGCCAAAGCUGUGAAAAUGCUUCAAAUUCGCAUAAGGUCAUACUUGAGAGUGAUAGAGAAGAGCGACAAGAUGAUAUAGAUGAUAUAGAAGAUAAUGAAAAUCUGUGGAAUGAUAAAAUAAAUGAUUUACAAGAAGAAGUUGAUGAAUCACAAACUAAAAAUUAAAAUUUUUGCUGAAAAAUUCUGUCAAUUCUAUUUACUAGAAUAAUAUAACCAUUUUAUUAUAUAUUAAAUUUUUACAACAAUCAUAUUUAUUUAUAUUUUGACAGUUUUAUCCUUGUAUUAUUGAUGUUGCUUCGUAAUAACAUUAAAAAAUGCUAUCGUAAAUUUUUCAACAAUAAUUUAUUUACAGGUAAAAAAACACAAAUUCAAAUAAUAAUUUUUAUAGCACUGGGUGGCUUAAAUCCGCAUUUAAGUCACGCAAAUCCGUGGCGUAAGUAGCCCUUUCUGGCACUGUGUAUAUCGCACUCGCUACGCUCGUUCGCUAACCUCACGCUGCCAGAAAGGGCUACUUACGCCACGGAUUUGCGUGACUUGGCGGAUUUAAUCAAGCAGUGCUAUAAAAUAUUGUACGAUACUCGAGUCGUAUGUUCACUUUCCAGCACGGCGUAAGCACCCUCGCUACGCUCGAGCGCUUAACCUCGCCGUGCCCGAAUGUGCCUCAUACGACAUGUAUCGUAAUGUACUAUGGGUCACUGAAACUAAAGAAAUCGCUUCCGCGCAUACAAAAGUAUAUGAAAUAUGACUAUUUCAUUUUUUCAGCGUCAUUGGUGCACCGGUUAAAUCAAAUUUGGGAUGCAAGGUAAUGCCAUUUUUCCGCUCAUUGGAUAGCUAUAUUGUUGAGAACAUUUAUUACUUAUUUAACUCAUAAUUAACUAUACAUACUUAAUAAUUAUAUAGCUAAUUUCGAUAAUAAUAAUAAAAAGUUCAUACAAUAAGUUUUCCGGAUGUCGCCGCGAAAUCAAAAAUGAUAUUUUCGCAUGACGCAUUCAAACGCGGCUCGGUUCCCACCGUCCCGCCGCUGCGCGCGGAGAGAGCGGCGGCGGCCAUGUCGUCUGCGCGCUCCCCUCCCCUGCCUCUACACCAAGCAAAUUUCUUUUUCAUUAAUUAUCUCGGAACUUUGCGCUCAUCGGAAUCGAGUAAAAAAUCGUUUCCAAUACAAAAUUUAACGCUCCUUCCAUUGAUGCCAGCCAUUUUUUCAUAGGUCAAGCAGAUCUCGAGAUAUAAGCAAA